AUGGACUCGGCAGAGAUGAAAUUUUACACAUAUGGGAGCUUGGGGCUGGGGGGGCUCCUGCUCCUGGUUGUGGUUGUUCUGUCUGCCUGUCUGUGUCGGCUCCAUCGGAGAGUGAGGAGGCUGGAGAGGAGCUGGGCCCAGCUCUCGGAGCAGGAGCCCCACUACGCGUCUCUGCAGAGGCUGCCCCGCAAGGGGCCUGACAGUGGCCACCAAGAAAAGGAAGUCUCCGAGGAGGACCCCAGCAGCGACUACGCCUGCAUUGCCAAGAACAAACCCACCUGAGCACUCUGGAUGCCUCCGUCAACCCAGGCGGGUGCUCGGGACCGUCCUGUGGUUCACCCAGUAAAGACAGUGGUCUCACCA